UCACCUGUCGGUCACAUGACAACAAUGACAUGACUUCUUUCCAAGAUGGCUGCCGAGUUCUCAAAUCUCUGACUAUCAGUAACAAUUUUAUCAUUUUAGCAAAAACAGCGUCUGUAUUUAGUCUAAUUCCUAGAUGAGCAGGUGCAGAGGGGGGAAGGACAGAGACAUUGCAGUGUCUUUUGAAUACGGUGUUGGCAUCUUCUGAUGUCCUCAUUCAAGGGUCAUCUUCAAGGUUGAGUAUACGAAGACAGAACAAAUUUGAAGAGCUAACCGACACUGCGAGCAUUAUCAACAGCACCAUGAAUGCAACACGAGUGAGGAGUCACAGUGUGGACCCUUCCCUGACCAGCCCUCCCCUCCAACAUCAGAACAUCUCCAUCAACAGUGUGACGUCCACGGGGUCCAUUGUCACCCCCCACAUGGAGGACCGCAUGAGGAGGAAGCUGAAGUACUUCUUCAUGAACCCCUGUGAGAAGUACAGGGCACGAGGAAGGAAACCUUACAAACUCACCUUACAGGUCUUCAAGAUCAUCAUGGUAACUGUACAGGUGUGUUUGUUUGGUGUCAGCCAGUUUUCUGUGGUCACAUUCUCAGAAGAAAAUGCCACAGCCUUCAGACACCUGUUCCUAAAGGACUGGGACCCGGGCUAUGACCAAACCUACUACCCUAAAACUUCACCUGUGUACGCUGUGUACAACAAAGAAAUCUUCUAUGACAGACUCAACUUCAUUUGGACACAGUUUUAUAACAUCAAGGAAGAUGCUAUAGGAUCCUAUGACUUUGCCGAUGUGAAUGGAAAACCCAUGCCCAUGCAGAUAUGCCACGAGAACUUCCAGAGUGGAGUGAUUUUUGCCGACAAUAACACCUACAUUUUUGACCCUGCUGUGGUAAAAGAGUGCAUCUUUGUCAAAGCUCCCACCCCCGGGCUAAAUGAGACAAUCCGGGACAGACUGGAGAAGCAGAAUUUCACCAUCAAUUUUGACAGUCUGAUCAAGCUGGAAGUGCACCUGGUGAUCCGAUCCAUACAUCUGCAGCAGACGACAAAGUACAGCACUCCAAACUGUAUCCAGUUCAAUGUCACGAUCCAAUAUGAUAACUCCAACCACGAUGGCAGGAUGGGCAUUGCCCUCACACAACAGAAGAUCUUCCUAAAAUGCCAUGCACUUACUGAUGACAAAGCUAUGCAUGUUGACUCUACUGGAGACACUAAUGACACAGGUUCCAUACUGCCCCUGACCUGGAGGUUUAACCUCAUCAGCAUAUUUGACCUGGUGGUGGUGGGGACAAGUCUGAUGUCCUGUAUCCUCUGUCUGCGCUCACUCAUCAAGGCCUGGCAGCUGAAAAAUGAAUUUGUUCACUUCUUCCAAAUCAACUACAACAAGGACCUGAGUUUUGCUGACCGCAUGGAGUUUCUCAACUUCUGGUACGUCAUGAUCGUCAUCAGUGACAUGCUGACCUGCUCAGGAGGGGUCAUCAAGGUCCUCAUUGAAAACAAGAUUGGGGGAGGUUCAUCUGUGUUCGUAGGGUUUUUUGACCUGUACGACACUUGCAGUCUGAUGUUGGGGACAGCUGCCCUGCUGGUGUGGGUAGGGGUGCUCAACUACCUCAACUUCUUCAGACAAUACAACAUCUUGAUCUUGACCAUGAAGGCAUCGGCUCCCAAUGUGCUUCGGUUCCUGCUCUGUGCAACGCUGCUGUACAUGGGAUUCGCCUUCGCUGGCUGGCUUAUCCUUGGGCCGUACCAUAUCAAGUUCCGUACCCUGAACACAGCGUCAGAGUGCAUGUACUCGCUCAUCAACGGUGACGACAUGUUUGCCACGUUCUAUGAGAUGGGUCAGACCAGCUGGCUGCCCUGGCUGUACAGCAGGUUCUACCUCUACAUCUUCAUCAGCCUCUUCAUCUACGUGGUCCUGUCCAUGAUGAUCUCCAUCAUUAUGGAUGUGUACGAGGCUGUCAAGGAUUACCAGGAGAACGGCUUCCCUAAGACAGACCUGCAUGAGUUUAUUGAGUGCUGUGAGGACAGACCAGAGUCAGGGUGUUACAGACUGGAGGGGGAGACAGCAUACAGUAUCUUCUGCUGCUGUAGGAGGGGCAGAGGCAGAGCAAAUACUUACGAACCAAUUGAAGAGGAAAGCUGAUGUGGUGUAACCUGGAAACACAUAAAAUGAUUUUCUGACCUGCAAACUGCUGAAAAGUCCUUAAGACAUUUGCCAAAGCAAAGCAAACGUCAUGUUGUAGCCGAGGAGGUUUAAUGGGAUACCUAGUAUUAAAACUUCUUGGCAUAAGAAAGACAAAUUUCAAUAUUUCUGUGUUUCUGACCUAUUUAUAUGUGUGCCAAUUGAUACCCAGUGCUUGCAUUGUUAUGUGUUAGCAUCAAUGAGUAAAACAUGACUUUGGUGCAUUGAUGAAGGUUAAACAUCCAGUUAGUACUAGUAA